UUUGAUGAUUCUUUUUUCAAGGAGGGUAUAUUUAACACAUAUUUAGUGGUGUUUAACCUAUAUCUAUUAUCGAGGUUAAUUAAUAGAACGGUUGCUUGACAGUCCUAGAAAAAUCAAAUGGAUUUGAGUGUGUUUCAGGACAGAUACAAUUUCUUGACAUUGUUACACCACUUACGUUUUAUUGGGACAAGUUUGAAGGAUUUCUAGUAUUUGAAGUUUAAACAAAAACACUAAACAAUGGCCAUGAACAAAGAUUUACAGAAGGAACGUAUGUCUGCCACCUUUAAUACAGAAACACUUACAGAGUUGCUGUAUCAUGGUAGAGAAAUGAUGGAACGUAGACGUUAUUUGCACAAGAUCGCGUUGGGAGACAAGUACUUACAUUCAUUUAAGCCAUGGUGCAACCGAGAUCGAAACGAACUAUAUGACAUUGGUAUCAAAACCCAUGUAUACAUAAUGAAACUUAAACGUGAUCUGGAACUAACUGACUAUCGGGAGCAGUUCUACUUUACUGAAGCAACAGGAGGAACUGAGGCUAACCCUUUAGGUGUCCAUGAAGACAUGUUUAUUCCAACUAUUGAAAAACAAGGAACGGAUGAACAAAAAGCCAAAUACCUGGAAAGAGCUAAGCAAUACAAGAUCAUAGGGACAUAUGCACAAACUGAAUUGGGUCACGGAACGUUUAUACGUGGUUUGGAGACAACGGCCACAUAUGAUGAUAAAACUGAAGAGUUCAUUAUUAACAGUCCAACCAUCUCAUCAACAAAAUACUGGCCGGGAUCGUUAGGAAAAUGUAGUAACCAUGUUGUUUUGAUGGCUCAGCUUUAUACGAAAGACAAAUGUCAUGGUGUACAUGCAUUUAUAGUUCAGAUCAGAAGUGAACAGGAUCAUACACCUUUGCCAGGAGUGACAGUAGGUGACAUUGGGAACAAACUUGGAUAUAAUGCUAUGGACAAUGGAUUCCUGAGAUUUGACAAUGUUCGCAUUCCUAGAGCUAACUUACUGGCACGAUAUUCCAAGGUGGAAAAAGAUGGUACAUAUAUACCUUCAAAAAACCCGAGACUGGCAUAUGGUACCAUGGUACUUGUACGUGCAUUUAUCGUGGGCUUAUGCUCUAAGGGACUAGCUCAAGCGUGUGUUAUAGCAACCAGGUACAGUGCUGUGAGGAGACAAACAGAAAUAAGACCAGGAGGUGAGGAGCCCCAGGUGAUAGAUUACCAGACACAACAAGAGAAAUUGUUCCCCUUGUUAGCUUCAACAUAUGCCUUAUAUUUCACUGGAGAUGUUAUGUUAAUGGAGUACAUGAGAAUUAAUGCUGACAUGGAGAAAGGAAUCUUUGACGAAAUGGCAGCACUUCAUGCUCUUGCUGCUGGGCUGAAGGCAUUUUCAGCAGAAACAACCAGUAAUGGUGUAGACAAACUACGUAUGUCAUGUGGUGGUCAUGGUUACACACAUGCCAGUGGGAUCCCUAAGAUUUGGGCAUAUGUAACUCCUGCUUGUACAUACGAGGGAGAGAAUACUGUAAUGUAUCUACAGUGUGCAAGAUAUUUAGUAAAACAGUAUGCCCAGGCGGCCAGUGGACAGACACUUGUAGGAUUUAUGUCUUACCUCAACAAUCCAGUGAAACAGAGAAGUUCCCUCAAUGAUUCCCUCAACAUGGUUGAUUUGAUUGAUGCAUAUGAACACACAGCAGCCAGGUUAAUCAAGACUAUAGCUGAGAGAAUGCAGUCUUUAAUAGAAGGUGGGAUGUCUGUAGAGGAAGCUAGGAACCUGUGUGGAGUACCAAUGGUGUCAGCUGCAAAGAUGCACUGCCAGACUUACGUGGUAAAGCAGUUUAGUUAUAUCGUGAAUCGCCUGGACAUUGACCGGUCUGUUGCUGGAGCACUGGAGACAUUGUGCAAGAUGUAUGCUGUAUAUGGUAUCAAUCAGAGACUAGGGGAUUUCAUGCAGCAAUGUAGAUUAAAGACGAAUAAGUUUCGAGUAGAUGUCACGUCUAGAAUACAAUUGAAACUUUGA